AUGGGCAGGUAUUUAAUGAAAGACCAUGGUGCCGGUCAUGAUGAAAAAGAUAUGGAAGGCAUGGACAUGGAUGGAGACAGUACGACACACAUGAACGAUACACACAUGAACGAUUCAAUGCCGGGGAUGAAGAAUAUGCCUGGAAUGGAUACAAUGAAAGGUAUGAAGAACAUGGAGAAAAUGAAGGGAAUGGACAACAUGAAAGACAUGAAGAAUAUGCCGGGGAUGGAUAACAUGAAAGAUAUGAAGGAUAUGAAAAAUAUGCCCGGUAUGGACACUAUGAAAAACAUGAAAGGCAUGGACAAUAUGAAAGACAUGAAGGAUAUGCCGGGAAUGGAUAGCACCAUGAAAAUGGAGGAUAUGAAAAACAUGAAUAUGCCGAUGAAAAAUCCAAUGGAUACAUUCCGCUUCCCGGACAAUAACCCUGCCCGGAAAAAAGCAAAAAAGCCGAUUAAACAAUAA